AUGGUGUAUGUAGAUGGCAGAGAGAAGGAAGGGCAACAUGUCGUGGAGUUGGCUCUGACUGGGUUGGCAGGCACAACCAUCUGGAACUGCAUCUGGAUUAUCAUCCUCUCCAUCCCCGCCCUCUGGGUCGUCGAGAGCUGCUGGGCUCAUCGUCGUUACAGGCAAGCUUUGAAGGAGUCUCCUUCGGAGGGAGGCUACCAGAGUGCUCCCGACCAACCUCAGGUCUGA